AUGAUGGAAACUAUGGAUCUUAUCAAGAGAAACACUUGCAGUAAUGACAAUGACUACAACGGUAUGAUGGGGGCACGUAUUUCAGCGGUUUUCGUUGUGCUUAUUGCUUCGUCCUUCGGUGCUUUCUUCCCAAUCUUGUCGUCUAAAUAUUCUUUCAUCAGAAUGCCUUCAUGGUGCUUUUUCAUCGCCAAGUACUUUGGUUCGGGAGUUAUCAUCGCCACGGCAUUCAUCCACUUGUUACAACCAGCCAACGAGGCGUUGUCCGAUGAAUGUUUGGCUCCUGCUUGGCAGAACUACCCAUAUGCGUUUGGAAUCUGCUUGGUUACUUUGUUCUUGCUUUUCUUCUUCGAGUUGAUGGCCUUCAGACUCAUCGAUAGUAAAUUGGAAGAUGCCAAUGGCCACUCUCACUCUCACUUUGGAGAGGAGUCGCUCUAUGUCAAGAAAGGUGCUGACGAUGACGAGGAGGCCAUCGACAGCGACGAACAAAAGUACGUCGACCACGAACAAGGCAAUGCCCCUGCCGGAACUAAUCCAUACCCAACGCACUUUUCCCAUGCUACUGACCACCAGGACCACGAAGUGCUUGGAACUCCAGCCAAUGACGACACUAAAGAACAGUACUAUGGUCAGCUUCUUUCUGUGUUUGUUUUGGAAUUCGGUGUGAUUUUCCACUCUGUAUUUGUCGGAUUGACCUUGGCUGUUUCUGGAGACGAGUUCAAGACCUUGUACGUUGUCAUUGUAUUCCACCAGCUCUUCGAAGGUUUGGGUUUGGGCACCAGAAUUGCAACCACUCAAUGGCCCAAAAACAAGAGAUCCACCCCUUGGCUUAUGGCUCUUGCUUAUGGCUUGACCACCCCCAUUGCCAUUGCCAUUGGUCUCGGAGUGAGAGAGACCUACCCUCCAGAAUCCGCCACCGCAUUGAUUACAAAUGGUAUCUUUGACUCGAUUUCGUCGGGUAUUUUAAUCUAUACUGGACUUGUGGAGUUGAUGGCACACGAAUUCUUGUACUCCAAUGAGUUCAAGUCGAACGACGGAACCAAGCGCAUGUUGUAUGCUUAUGGAUGCAUGUGUCUUGGCACGGGCCUUAUGGCAUUGUUGGGUAGAUGGGCAUGA